AAGCAUAAUCUUGCUAUCGGUAAGAUUAAAAUAGAUACAUUUUAUUAUAGUAUAAAUAGAGAAAUAAAUAUACAAAAGUUGUAAGAAUUAUUGUUACAACCACUUGUAAGCAUGUCUAUUAAAGCAUUUAUAAUUUUUGUUGGCCUUUCCCUAGCUAAAAGUGCAUCUGCACAAUAUUAUGAUGAGAUUGACUUUAGAAUGAUAGUACAAAUUAUGAAUGUAGAAACAAAUAUUUUGAUUGGAGUAGAUACAGCACUUACAAAUGGAACAUUUGACAGUUUGUCCGCAAAUCAACUUAACAAUUUAUACGCAAAACAAGGAUUAAAAUACUAUGAUUGGAUACUUGUACCUGAUUGUAAUUUAACAUAUUCUGCAUCACCAACACCGACUUAUCGUAUAUAUCUUGCAGACGAGACAAUCUUAGUAUGGGAUCACAGUUGGGGCUGUUCAGAUACUGAUAGCGACAUGAUAGCUUACCAGUAUGGAAAAACAAAUAAGGACCAAUUCUUACGCUAUGAUCCACUGCUGCAAACCAUAAACGUAUGUGAUGAUAAAUGUGUUUUUGUCGACUCUACAACAAACAAACUUAUAGCAUCACGUGACUGUAAUAACAAAAAUAAAAGAUUUCAAAUUUUAUUUAAAGAAAUCUCUCCACUUUAUUUGCCAGAAAGAGAUACGCAUUGCUUCUUCUAAUUCAAAUCGAAAUAAACAUUUAUUUUCACUUCAUUACCUACUUCAUUCUUUUUGUUUGUAAUUACAUUAGAAAUAUGGAAA